AACGAACAGUACUGUGAGAAUCUAGCUGAAGGAAUUCACCUGGCAGAAGGGGACGAAAUUGCGGUGAUUCCGCCUAUCGCUGGAGGAUAAGCUUUGGUUUGCUGACAAGAUGAACUACCUCAAGUUGACAUUCGAUAAGUUGGAGGUUGGAGAGAUUAAUGAUUUGGUGGCACACGAGAGCUGUGGUGCGAUAUCGUUGUUUGUCGGGACGACCAGAGAUAAUUUCGAGGGAAAAACAGUAGUUCUACUGGAAUAUGAAGCCUACGAAGCGAUGGCCUUGAAAACGAUGAAUCAAAUCUGCGACGAUCUGCGCGAACGCUGGCCGGACAUUAAGAACAUUGGGAUCCACCAUCGUUUGGGGACAGUUCCCGUCAAAGAAGCAUCCGUGGUCAUAGCCGUUAGUUCGCCUCACCGUAAGUCCAGCUUGGAUGCGGUCCAUUAUGCCAUCGAUGAGCUAAAGAAAAGCGUUCCCGUGUGGAAGAAGGAACAGUAUGCCGAAGGAGAAGGUUCCUCCGAGUGGAAGGAGAAUAAGGAAUGUGCGUGGUCGAAAAGUCAUAGGGACAAUCAUAUUUUAUGACGAUGGAACGGUGGAGUUCUGAAUUGUACGUGCUAAAUGGUGCAGAACAAAGUGUACACAUGCAUGAUGUGAACAAUCAGGGUCAAACCCUGUACAGAAACGAAAA